AUGCAUACGUCUACAAAUCCCGACGAUUUCUUUGAAAGUGACUCCAUUCGAGCUGCAAGGGAAUAUCAGCGCAGCCGGAUCAGCUACGCAAAAGGAUCGCCUUUUCGGCUUCCAGGGAAAAUUCUUUCCAUCGCUAAUCACCUAUCAAGCCACAUUGGGGCUGGUUGCUCCAAUGGGGUUGCAUAUAUUUUCCAGAUAAGCAAAAACAGGUUGCUUCUUCGCGUAACGUGCAAAGGACAUUCGGGUCCCGUUUCUGCAAUUCAGUUUUUCAACAAGCAACACCAAUUGCUCGUAAUCACGGGAUCCUGGGACAGGUCUAUAAAGAUCUUCGAUGCAUGGAACGGGUCGCUCAUCAAGACAUUUGACCAAGUUUUGCCGGAUCUGAUACGGUCGAUUGCUCUUUUUCCAUCCGAGAAUCUUGUGAUUGUCUUUGGAGAUGCUCGCGGGUCGCUUUGUAUUCUGGACGUCUUGCAAAACAGGAAGGUUAUCAGAAAAGCUUGCAAUAGGUCCAUCGAGGUGAUAAAAGUAGAGGGGACCCAAAUCUUCAUUGCCAGCUCAGAGGGGGCAGUUUGCUCGUUUACAAUCGAUGCUGUUGACUACUCUUUCAGCAAAAACGAAGGGCUCUUUUCGAACACGGACGAGCAACAUGCUACAUCGAUUUAUUCCAUGGACCUAGUUUCGCCAGAUACGCUGUACACAGGCUCGGCUGAUGGAUGUAUAUUUGCAUGGGAUGUUCCAUCUUGGGUUCGCUCCCUUGUUCAUCCGCAGAGAAGAAGGGAUUUAUUAUUUGCAGGUCUUGCUGAUGGCACGUUGCAUCUGAUCCAUGACCAAGAGAUAAAAUUUACCGUUUCCUCUGGCGGCCAUUUUGAUGCCAUCACGGGGUCGAUUUGUAUUACAAGCGAAAAUAAUAUUGAUUAUCUCAUCACGGCCUCACUGGAUGGCACAGUUAGGACUUGGAUUGUGCCUUCAGAGGGCAAGCUAAGGCUGGAAGAGCUGCCCUCCGCUUCUUUCGACGAUGAUGAGGAUUUAGAUGCACUUUUGUGCGAUGAAAAAGAGGACGAUGGCAAUGGCUAG